CUUAAAAUUGGUGUUCCAGAAAACUAUGAUGGUAUUUUCCCAUGGUACCUCACCAAGUUGCCAGAUCUCCCCCUGACCUACUCAGAUCUGUCUGUAAGUGGUGAUGAUGAAGGGAUUUUUGUGGAGUCAGGCUUCCUCUAUGCCCUUAAACCUCUGGACAGAGAGAAGCAGCCGUGUUUUUUUUCCCAGGUGUCCUUCACAAAAUCCAUGCACACUCAGAGCUUUACUGUCGAGGUGUGCGUCAUUGAUAAGAACGACAACGUGCCGGUGUUCUUGGAAGAGAGCAUGAGAGGCAGGCAGCUGGGGCUUCUCAAAGGAAUCCUGCUCAUGCAGGUGGAAGCGCUGGACCGAGACGACAGAAACACCGCCCACAGACCUACGCGCUUCAGUCUUUUGGACCAGAUACCUCGUAUCCCUGCCAGCCACAUGUUCUCCAUCGAUUCCAUCACUGGAGAAGUGUCCUUACAGAGGAUGGUGCCUCAACUCGAUCCAGAAAUGUGUGGCCGCUACAAGCUGUCUGUGAUGGUGCAGGAUAUGGCCGGCAAGGCCAACGCUUUCUCCACUGGAACUGUGUUAGUGGAGGUGACUGGAAACGCAUGGGCCUCACCUGACCCUGUGAGACUGCAGGAGAAUCUGCCUGGACCAUAUCCCAUCCCGAUCUCACAGGUGAAGUGGAGUGAAGUCCAGUUGAGUAUAGUCUUAGGAGAGUUUCCAGAAAUGCUCUUCACUAUCAACAGGAAGGAAUCAUUUACAAAUGCUCCUCUGGACAGAGAAACACAGGACCAGUUUCAUAUUGACAUAGUGGUAGAGAGGCCAGAUGGCAGAGAGAUUGCCAAGCCUGUGGAGCUGCGAGUGAUGGUGGGGGAUUUGAACACAAGAGUCUUAAUGCUCCUACAGAUGCAGUACCACACUGUGGUCAAGGAGCUUAUGAUCAAAGGUACAGAGAGAUUCUCAGUCCAAGUAGCUGACAAAGGAUUACUCUGAAACCAGCAACGUAUGGAUAUUUUAUCGGGUUGGUACGCUAGAUGCCUGAGGACUCUCUGGAAUUUGUUCCGAGUGGACCGGGACUCGGGAGUGAUCAGCGUUCAGGCAGACAGCAGCAUGGAGGGCACCGCUCCACAGCACACACUCUCACCAUCACGGCAGAGAUCGCCAGCUGGAGAUGUACGUGGGUGCAGACAGAGUGCUGGUGUGAAGAUGGAGGGCAGCAGCAGUGGAGGGUAUGGACCCUUCCACCUGGCUGAGGACUCUCAUGGCACCACAGUCACUGUAGUGUCAGCAUGGGAUGCGGAUGAGUGGGGUAGAGACAGCUGGCAGGUGGACUACAGACUUGAAUCUGGGAACGAGGAGGAGGUUUUCACUCUAGUGACUGACAGACAGAACAAUGAAGCUGCCUCAUCCUUGAUAAAGGUGCUAGACUUUGAGCGGGAGAAUGGCAUGCUGGUACUGGCGCUCAAGAACCCGGUGGCUCUGGUCAGGGCGAAUCUGGAUGGCAUCCACAACAACUGCUGCUCCUGAAUUUUGCCGAUAUCAAUGAAGAGGCCAGUUUUGUCCUCGAGAAGCCAUUAUGAAGUCACGGUCAGAGGAGAGCCAGGACGAUAUCAUUGCACCACAAUCCAGAGGUUAUGACCUGACUCCCAUUCCAAUCAGAGUAUUCGCUGAGGAACACUAAAAUGUUUCUCCAUUGGGAAGUACUCAGGGAGGCUCAAGACGGUCCAGGCUUUGGACAGAGAGGAGAACAGCACCUACAUGGAGGUGGUGGCUGAAGAUGAGCGUAAUUCCUCUUUUAACCGGCCUCCCACGCUGGUAGCGGUGCACAUUCUGGAUAUGAUAAUAUUGGCCCAGUUCUGGUGGGCGUUCUCCUGGAAGUGUUGCUCUCGCUGGGAGUCGAGUCUGGUUCUGGCCUCUCGGGACAAUGAUAGGCCCCAGCAUGGAGGAAGGCUCAACUCCCCUCAUGGCAGCACCACUGUCACUUGAAACUGGAAGCUCACUCCUGUUCACAAUACUCACACCAACCUGUCUUUGAAUGUCCCAUCUGCCUCAGAGGUUUGCAUGGUACCCUUUACCAUCUCAGACAGCAGCUCCCCACCCAAGCACUUUGUCAAUCUGCCAGUGACGGUUUGCCCAUGCAAUGUGAGGGGGAACUGUAGAACAGCACCAAAACAGCUUCAGGGCAUGCCUACUAUCCAGUCAACAGUGGGCAUCCUGCUCGAUGUGUUCUUGUUUACAGGCGUCAUACUCAUUGUUAUAUUUGUGAGACUGUCCUACCAGAAUUCAACACCACCAACCAAAGGCUGCCAGGAACGAGUGCCACUUAAAGUCUCUCUCUAACUUCUGAGAGCUUUUAGAUCAUUCGGUCACUACAGUUUUAGCAUCAACU